GAUUGUUUUCGCCGUUGCACACAGUCGUCGCUUUACACGCAUGUGGUUGUUAUGCUUCUGUAAUCCGGUUUUGGUAAUACGUUGCAGAAAUAUUUAGCUACAUACUGUCGAAAUGAAGCUAUUAACGCAUAACAUGCUAACGUCACACGUGAAAGGGGUGACUAAAGGAUACCCACUCAAUAUUAAGGCUACAGAGGUCAAAGUGAAUGAGGUGGACUUCAAUGCUCAGUUCGUGACCCGGAUGAUACCAAAGCUGGAGUGGGGACCCUUGAUCCAGGCGGCAGAAGUGCUCGGACAUUCCCAAGACCUGCCCAGCACCCUCAUACCAAACUAUGAAAACGAUGAAGAUUUUCUGCGCAAAGUUCACAGAAUCCUGCUGGAGGUUGAGGUUAUAGAGGGAUCUUUACAGUGCCCGGAGUCUGGCAGAGAAUUCCCCAUCUCCAAAGGUGUUCCCAACAUGUUACUCAAUGAAGACGAAUGAUGGCGGACGCUAUUACAGCCUGCUUACUGUUAUCAAAUUCUGACAGCUGCCCAGACAAAAGGUUUAUACUAUGUACUGAACCAUGUUUGUUAACACAAAUUGAUUUCCUGUUAAUUGUACUUUUCUUGUUUCUACCAUUCUGUUAUGUACUAUAUAAAGUAAUAAAUAAAUAUGUAUUUGUUUAUUGCUUAA